AUGGGAGGACAAGUAUCCAAAAUGAUGGGGAAGAUCUUCGGAACGAAGGAGAUGCGAAUUCUUAUGCUGGGUUUAGACGCUGCUGGAAAGACGACUAUUCUCUACAAAUUGAAACUCAGCAACCAAGACGUGACCACCAUUCCUACUGUCGGAUUCAACGUCGAGAGUGUGACCUAUAAGAACGUCAAAUUCAACGUCUGGGAUGUCGGUGGUCAGGACAAGAUCCGACCCCUCUGGAGACACUACUACUCCGGCACACAAGGAUUGAUUUUCGUGGUUGACUCCAGCGAUACGGCGCGUGUGGAAGAAGCUCGCUCGGAGCUGCACAAGAUCAUCAACGACCGUGAAAUGAAGGACGCCCUCCUGUUGGUCUUUGCCAACAAGCAAGAUAUUCCCGGGCACUUGAGCCCAGAAGAAGUCACCCAGCAACUUCAGCUGACUAAACUCAAGGACAAGCUGUGGUAUGUGGCACCCAGUGUCGCAACCGAUGGUACUGGUAUCUUUGAGGGUCUGGCCUGGCUCUCAAACAAUGUCAAGACCCAGCCGCAGAAAUAA